AUGCAUCUUGCGGCACAGACGUGUGACGAAUUUUCAUUUGCCCGCCAAGGUCAAGGCUACAACCUCAUGACCCCGGACAAAAUGCACGUGGCCAAUUGGCUUCGAAGCCUUCCAUCGAGCUGCGAUCUGAUCACAGACUACCGCCCUCCGAGCCGUCUGGAAGUGAGCAAGGCGUCCCUGGUGCUCAGUCUGCCCCUGCAGAACCCCAUCGGUCCACAGGCCUCCGUCCAGCAACUCUCAACGUCGUUUGAGAAGGCCAAGGCAACCGACGAGGAACCACCGAGCUUCAGGUCGUCAGGGGACCAGAUGUUCUUCCCCCUCGCGACCCCCGCCGCCCCCACUCCGCCCAAUCACCUCCGGUCGUCGCUUGGGAACCAGGCCAACAAGGUAGGCUAA